AUGGCGGCUUACUCCACGCGGCCAUCAUGGCUCAAAUCCCUCCUAGAUGACACAAACCCUGCCCCUAAGCUAUAUGCUUGGAGUCCAGCCAAUAUAGACAGCAAUAUCCGUUCCGACCAACCCAUUUCUGACAAUCCAGAUGGCCGCAUAUUCAUCCUUGGAAUAGGUAAUCUGGGUCGCCUCUAUGCCAGCUGUCUUUCCAUGCACUCUCCCCGUCCUCCAAUCACUCUCGUUGUACACAAAAAGGAGCUUUUAUCCCAAUGGGUUGAAGGCCCUGGGCUGGAAAUUAUACGCCUGGGGCAGCUUUACCGCGGCAAAGACGAGUUCCAGAUCGAGUGGUGGACUGAGGAGACACCUUCCCAGGGCCCUGUCCGAGAGGUUGCCAAUGCGAACAAGAUUCGCAACCUUCUCGUCACAACCAAAGCUGCUGCUGCCAUGCCUGAAACUGAUAGACUCCGACGAUAUCUCGAUAGUAGCAGCAGUGUGGUGUUUGUCCAAAACGGCAUGUCAAAGCUAUGGCCACCUCAUGGACAAGAAUACAUAUCCAACCGGUAUCCCAAUGGCGAUGGGCCUAAUAUUUUGGCAUGCGUCACAAAUCAUGGUGCCUAUUCAGAAGGGCCGUUCAAAAGUGUUCACGCCUCGCCAGCUGACUCUACUAUUGGGCCUGUUCUGUUGAAUGAGAAUACUCGGCAGAUUGCACCUAGUGUAGCGUAUCUUACAGAAGCUAUUACAACGGCUCCGGCCCUCAACGCAAGGUCUAUAUCAAGAGCUGACCUCUGGGUCUCGCAGCUUCAAAAAUUGGUUGUAAAUGCUUCCAUAAAUCCACUCACUGCCAUUCUUCGUUGCAAGAAUGGCCGCCUCUUUGAGGAUCCUGAUGGCGUUACCGCCAAAGUUAUAGACCGCCUGCUCAGGGAAGCGAGCGGUAUACUUCAAACUCUUAUAAAUCAUCCUAGCAGCACCGAUAUUCUUGCUUCUUCCGAUAAAAGUACUCAAUCGCUGGAAGCCUUGAGAGAAGAGCUCACUGCACGUUUUUCCUUUGAUCGACUUCGUCCAAUGCUCUACAAGAUUGGCGAGAUUGUCAAAGAGAACUCUAGUUCUAUGCUUCAGGACGUACGAGCCGGGAAAAAGACAGAAAUUCGAGACUUCAAUGGUUGGCUGGUUGAGACUGCAGAUUUUCUCAACCAAGAUAACAGUGGCCAGCAACCAAUUUUAGAUGCGUCUUGUCAUCAGGCUUUGGUCAGUCUAGUAGAAUCGGGCGCUGUUAUGAAUGAAGAAGAGCUGGGAAAGCACAUUUUGUCAUCAUAA